AUGACAAGCGAACCCUUUUUAUGGUAUAGAGAUAAAGAUAGGCUACGGAUCGGCGAGGUUAACAGGUACAUUGUCACAUACAAACGACAGCGUGACGCCAACACUACUCAAAUUUAUUUCAGAAUCAAAAACAUAGAAAACCUGGGUAUAAGAACAAUCCAUUUACUAACAGGUCCAUUUAUAUUGUAUUGUCACGUUGUCCCUUGUAAUUACAACUACAAGAAGAAAUUUUGCCCUGAUAAUGUGGAACAAAAUCCCGAGGUGGCUUUUGAAAACCAAAUCAAGCCUAAUCAAUCUUUUAACGUGACGUUACUUUUGAAUGAAAAUUCUUUAUCUAAAACAUCCACCAAAGAUGGCAUUGACUGGGAGCAUUUUCAAUGGGAGAUUGAAGUCAUAUCGCAGAUUGUUAUCACCAAAAAAACCGAGGUGCUUUAUGAUAUGAUGAUUGGAGAUGAUCUCCACGCAAUGAAAAGGUUGGGGCAAGGCAAACUUCAAAAGACAUUGACUAGUAUAGUUCCCAAUAACAGCGAUGAAGAUCGAACUGCUCAGGAAGUUUUCGAUCAUGAAACAACAAACCAUGUGUUUAAUCCAUUCUUGAGUGUACAAAAGAAAACUACCAACGACCUUUGGAGCAAAGCCCCACCGGAACCCUUACAGCCAGUUCAUUUGGUGAUAGUUACCCAUGGAAUUUUCUCAAACCUAACAUCUGAUAUGCUUUACCUAAAGGAGACUCUAGAAAGCUCGGUACUGGAGAAUAUCAUGAUUCGAGGUUAUCGAUAUAAUGCUGGAAAGACCGAAAAGGGAAUCAAAAAGUUGGGGCGUAAUGUGGGCGAUUAUAUUGUUGAUGUAGUUGAAAAAGAGCCCUACAAUUUCAACAAGAUUUCAUUUAUUGCUCACUCGCUAGGUGGCGUGGUACAGCUAUACGCAAUCAAGUACAUCUUGGUCACAAGAGGUGUUGAUUUUUUUGAUCGCUUGCAUGUCAAACCUAUCAAUUUAAUUUCAUUAGCAAGUCCGUUUUUGGGUAUCUUGAACGAGCUAAAUUUGGUUCUUUCGUGGAUUUUGGAUCUCGGUACUCUUGGAAAGACAGGGCGUGACCUUACGUUACUGAAGAGAUUACCUGGGUGGAGAGAUGUUGAGAUUGGUGAUCACCGAACAAAGGACAGGUUCAAACCAGUUUUGGAGACAUUGCCUGAUGAACCUCUUCAAACAUUUUUGGCAAAAUUUGAGCGUCUAACUGUUUACGCAAACGCCAUAAAUGAUGGUAUUGUGCCAUUGAGAACAGCAGCCAUUUUGUAUCUAGACUAUGAAGCGUUGGGAGAUGUAAAUGAGUUGAAAAAAACAAACAAUGUUAUUGAUCGGCCUGAGUUAGAGGCUGAUCAUCAUGAUGUCGAAAGCAAUGAAAGUCAAGAUGACGUCCUGGAGAUUCCUCAAUCUGACGGGGCGCAGACCAAAGCCAUAGAAAAGAAGCCACAAGGCAUUGAAGUGAAAAAUGGUCAAACCUCCCAUGCACUUUCCAAAGAGAAGAAUCGUUUGAAAGAAGUUCACGACAAGUUUGAUGAGUUUACAAACUUGAAUUCCUCACAAAAAAAGCUAACAAGGCGACAAAAGAAGUAUCAAAAUUUUAGUAUUAAAGGAUCCGACACCAAUUCGGAUAGUUUGUCAGCUAGCGUUGAUUCGUCAAUGGAAUCAUCAUCAUCAACAACUGCAACAACAGUCAAUGUUCCCCCACGCGCCUCUGCCAUUGAAUCUGCUUUGAAUACAUUGAUUUGUCCUAUUCCAUCUCAAGAGUACAUUAUGGACCCUGCAUCUAGAAACCAUGUCAUUUUCCAUGAUAAGUAUUACCAUUUUGAUAAAUCCAAAGAUGAAACGAAUGUUAAAUCGCGCUCUUUAAAGGAGAGAUUGUUUGGAUACUCGGCAGAUUGGAGGUUACAUAAACAAGUGGUUAUAGCCAACAAAUACCAUACAAAACAACUCAGUUGGCGUAAAGUAUUGGUAAAUCUACCACCAGAUGCUCAUAAUAAUAUCAUAGUACGACGGCGGUUUGCUAAUGGAUAUGGUUGGGGAGUGAUCCAUCAUCUUUGUGAAAACUUGUUUGAAACUAAAACAGAUGACAAUGGUGGUUCUGAGACAAAUAUAAAGCCAUACGAAGAAACUCUUUUGGAUUCAACGUCAAAGGAUAAGCAUGAGGAUGUACAAGGGAGCGGAAGUGUUAAAGCCAAAAUAUAG